AUGGGUGUUGAUGAAGGCGAACAAGUCGAAGCUUCUGCGGCGGAACCACCGCCGCCGGAACCGACACCAACGCCAGAACCAGCGCCAGUUCCGGCUCCGGCCCCGCCGCCAGCGGAACCUGCUCCCACGCCAUCACCAGCACCGGCACCUCCAACCGAAGGUGCUCCAGCAGCUCCUCCCGCGGAAGGCGUUCCACCGGUGGAAGGAGCUGCACCAGCACCUGCUGAAGGUGCGCCCCCAACAGUCCCAGCAGAAGGUGUUGCACCACCUGCGGAAGGUACCGUGCCACCAGCGGAAGGAGCUGCGCCUCCGGCCGAAGGAACCACACCUGUUGCUCCUGCGGAAGGAACAGCGCCGUCAGCGGAAGGUGCACCGGCCGAAGGAGCACCUCCAGCCGAAGGUUCCGCACCCGCUGCUGCUACCCCUGCCGAAGGUGCUUCCAUAGAAGGACCACCAGCGGAAGGUGCAACACCAGCAGUACCAGAAGGAACUCCUGCGGCUCCGCCAGCGGAAGGAGUUCCCCCAGCCGAGGGAGCUCCCCCUGCUUCUGAUGCAGCUCCAGCGGAAGGCGCACCAGUUGCACCCUCCGAAGGAGCCGCAGUCGCUGCUGCACCCGCAGAUGCGACACCCGCAACUCCAGCGGAAGUCGCAUCGGCGCCCACCGAAACUAAUCUAGUUUUGAUAUUGCGAGUUACAAUCCGCAUCAGAAGCAAUCCCGCGCUAAAGAGCGCGAAAUACAUCAUGAACGCACCUGCAUCGUAAUUGAACGGAAAAGAGAGAGAGAAAGAGAAAGUGAAGGGAUCACACACAUUUUGCCGCACAUUUACUUUUCUCUCGUCAACGUCAAACUCUGAAGAACAUUUGCACCAUCAACAGUAAAGAAUGGAUAACCGCGGCUCGCACUUUUCUUAUCGUCAUCAUCAUCAUUAUCAUCGACAUCACCACCACCACUAGCGUCCUUUACCGUCAUCUCUAUCGCCGUCGCUGUCUCAUCGCUCACACUUUGCAUAUUCAUUGUUCAUGCAUCACGAAAACUUGCACGUGCCACAUGAGAUGUAAAACAAAACAGAAUAAUACACGAGAAAGAGAGGAAAAGAAAGAGAGUCGCGUGUCCCGUCACGCGAUAUAUCUUAUCGAGAACUCGACGCGGAUUUCAUAUCUUAUUUGUCUGAUAUCCGUUAUGAGAAACGAAUCCGCUCGUUAUUAAAAUGCCGGGAACGAUCUUUAUUCGACGAAUGUUGCGAUUAAUAAUCGAGAUUAUGUCAAGUGCGCAUACAUACAUUUCGUCACGUUCGCUCGAGCAUUCGAUAACUCUUCCAUCAAACCAAGUAUUAAUCGGUAAAGUAAUCACACACACACAUACACAAAACCGCGCAUCGGAAUUCUCUAAAUAAUCUACCACGGCACGUCGUAGUUUUCUUUACACAGAUCAAUAUCGAAUCGACACAUCUUCUGUACGAGAAAUUGGAUUUCGUAAUAAAAGCU